AAUUCCAGUAGGCUACGAUUGCUAUAACAGUUCGAAUGUUUUAUGAGUUUAUUUCAAUUACAAGGUUUUGUAUCGACUAGCGAUAAUUACGCUGCAAAAUGAAGGUUUUGUGGGGAAUCGUUUUGUUCUCCUCGUUUGCAUCUAAGUUAAUUGAGGGCACCGCAUUGAUAAAUAAAUGCGGCACAAACGAAGUGUACAAGCCGUGUCAGUUCUAUGAAGAGUACACGUGUUGGACCUCGUCAAGCAAAAUGGAAAGAACUAGAACAUUGUCAAAGAAGUUCAAGCAUUGCGUCGACGGCUGUUACUGCGAUAAGGGCCUAGUUCGUUCAUACAGCAAAGGUCCUUGUAUAGAAGCGGGGAAGUGUAGAGACAAAAAAAUUGAAAAAAUCCUUGACAAUUUACCGAUUUAUAAGAAAAGAAUUGAAUAAAUUCACUUCGCUCUAUAUACAUAUGCCAAGACUUUGUUUUUACAUUAAA